GAAAAGGCGGUAGACGUCAGUCGAGUGAGUAUCUCCGACACGGCAACAACUUCAGCGCAUUAUUUGUCACCAACUGUAUUCUCCAUCGUAUUUACCAGUUCGCAAUCAUGGUUAAUUAUGGUGUCGUGCUGCUGUUGUGUGUUGUAUCGUUGAUGGCUGGGUCGACCACGGGUGUACCGAUGUCUCCUGGGUACGGUGGAUAUUCUUACCAAACCACAACGGCGAAGGAAUACUACCCCACGCCGCCGCCCUACUACACAACAACAACAUACGCUACACCAACCUACUACACCGAGACCCCCAAGUACUACACCACCAAGGCACCUGAGUAUUACACCACAACUUACGCUGCCCCUAGCUACUACACCGAAGCGCCAAAGUAUUACUCUGCCCCGAGCUACACCACGAAAGCGCCCGAGUACUACACGACUACGUAUGCUGCCCCAACUUACUACACCGAGCCUCCCAAGUACUACACCACCAAGGCACCAGAAUAUUACACUACUACCUACGCUGCCCCAUCUUACUACACUGAGGCUACCACGUAUUACGCUGCUCCUAGCUACUACACCGAAGCACCCAAGUACUACGUUGAACCAAAAUACUACACCGAGGCUCCUGUGUACACAACAACUUACGCCGCUCCGAGCUACUACACCGAAGCGUUACAAUAUUAUACCACGAAGGCAUCAGAAUACUAUACCACAACUUACGCUGCCCCAGUCUACUAUACGGAAGCCCCUAAGUAUUACUCAACCCCAAACUACUACACCGAAGCCCCUGAGUACUAUACUACAACUUACGCUGCUCCGACCUACUACACCACUAAGGCUCCCGAGUACUACACCACAACCUACGCUGCUCCGACGUACUACACCACCAAGGCUCCUGAGUACUACACCACAACCUACGCUGCUCCGACGUACUACACCUACACCACCAAGGCCCCCGAGUAUUACACAACUACCUACGUUGCCCCGACUUACUACACUGAGGCUUCAAAGUAUUACUCGGCUCCGAGCUACCAAACUGAGGCGCCGAAAUACUCCACUACAACAUACUACACUGAAGCCCCAAAGAAGUAUUAUUAACCGUAGCAGCCUUGUUUUAAUUCACGCGGUGAUGCAGUUUUCAAUUUUAUUCGCAUGUUCAUAUUCGUUACAAAAUUUCUCUGAAUUAUCUGCCUUGUCUAUCCAUUCACUAGUCAUUCGGUAUGGAUUGGUCCUCUUUCAGAUUUUUCAAAAUAAAUUAUUUAUGUGGUUA